AAAAUUUCAACUUGAAAAAAGACUGAAGCGAAGUGAGUUUCUCUCUCAAUAUUUAUGUGUAUAUAUAUUUUGUUCUUUCGCCGUCUCUCUCACGCGGAUUUAGACCUCAUAAUUUUCUCUCUGAAUCUCUUCUUUUGAUGAAUUCGACCAGUUCUAAAUUCUGAGGUUUUCUGGUUUUAGUUUUGACUUUAGGGGUUCUUUGAAUCUGUGUUUGAAUGCUGCUCUGAAAUUUUGCAAUUUUGGGUUUGAAAUUAGUAUAUUUUGUCUUCGUUUGGCAUUUCGUAAUUUGUAAUUCUUCCCUUUUCGCCACUUCACACAAAAUCCCAUUUCUUCAAUCCCCAAAUUCGAUUGUUUAAAUCAAAUUUUGAGUUUUUUUUUUUUGAUAAAAUGCAAUACCCAUCAAUAUAUUCACAGAUCAAAGCACAAGCAACACAGCCAAAUCCACAGCCACAAUUCACAGAACAAGAACAAUUGAAGUGCCCAAGGUGUGAAUCCACAAACACAAAAUUCUGUUAUUAUAACAACUACAACCUCACUCAGCCGCGCCACUUCUGCAAGAAUUGCCGGAGGUACUGGACUAAAGGCGGCGCUCUUAGAAACAUCCCCGUCGGCGGUGGCUCUAGGAAGAACACUAAGCGCACCUCUUCCUCAGCCGCUUCUUCCCGAAACAACCACCUCAAACGCGCAUGGCCAUCCUCCACCGCCUCCACGGCCGCCGUGUCAGCGCCAUCAGCGUCCAGGUCUACUGCCGCUGUUAUCACUGAAUCGUUGCCGCUGAAGGCAGAAAAUUAUGGUGGUCAGUUCGAGAAUUUAACAGACUUCAGCUCAAUUCUGGGGUCAAGUGGAGGGCAAUUCACUGAUUUGCUCAAUGGUCUGACCCCAAAUUGUUCAAAAGUGCAGUCAAUAGAAUUGGUUGGUGAUCAAGAUCCGUGUUCGGAUCAUAAUAUGGACCUCCAAUUGGUGUUGGAGGGUGGGAAUGACAAUAAUGCAGAUGGGUACCUAAAUAUUCAGUGUGGCGGCAGCGCCGGCGAUUCUAGCUGUUGGAAUGGUGGCGAAGGCUGGCCUGAUCCUGAUCUAGCUAUUUACAAUCAGGUUCAACUUUUCAGUAAUAAAAAGUACUAAAAAAUUAAUAAAAAUGUUCAUUGAGAGUGACUAAAGUGAGAGGUAUUUAUAUUUUCUAGUUAAUGAAAUUCGGUAGAUUACCUUUUUAACUGCCUGGAAGUCUAUAUGUGAUUAUUAAAGUAUUGGUUGUGGUACUCUUCAGCAUUUUUCAUAGGUUUUAUGUUUUUUUUAGUUUGAUGGUUUGUGUGUUCUUAAUACUUUGUACGAGUUAUAAGGGAAAAAGAAAUCUCUCUCUCAUA